UGGCGCGUCACUGAAGAACGACCAUGAUGGCGGCGCUCGGUGCACCAGAAGUGAUUUCACAGCUGGAAAGCGCUGCCAAAGUUUUAAUGGCGCCGCCGUCCAUGGUCAGCACAGAGCAGAGACAGCACGCAGAGCACAUAUUCCUCUCAUUCAGGAAGUCAAAAUCCCCCUUCGCCGUCUGUAAGCACAUCCUCGAGACUAGUAAAGUGGACUAUGUGUUAUUCCAGGCAGCCACGGCCAUCAUGGAGGCUGUGGUUCGAGAAUGGAUUCUCCUGGAGAAGAACAGCAUUGAGUCCCUCAGAACAUUCCUCCUCACCUAUGUCUUACAGAGACCCAAUCUGCAGAAGUAUGUUAGAGAGCAGAUCCUGUUGGCAGUGGCAGUGAUAGUAAAGAGAGGCUCUCUUGACAAAUCCAUCAACUGUAAAAGCAUCUUCCAUGAGGUCAGCCAACUCAUCAGCAGCGGGAAUCCUACAGUGCAAACACUGGCUUGCUCCAUCUUGACGGCUCUAUUGAGUGAAUUUUCCAGCUCCAACAAGACCAGCAACAUUGGUCUCAGUAUGGAGUUUCACGGAAGCUGCAAGCGCAUAUUUCAGGAAGAGGAUCUCAGGCAAAUCUUCAUGCUCACCAUGGAAGUCCUGCAGGAGUUCAGUCGAAGGGAGAACCUCAAUGCUCAGAUGUCCUCUGUGUUCCAGCGUUACCUUGCGCUGGCCAAUCAAGUGCUUAGCUGGAACUUUCUCCCGCCCAAUCUGGGAAGGCACUACAUUGCCAUGUUCGAAGCCACUCAGAAUGUCUUGCUCAAGCCAACCGAGACCUGGAGGGAAACCCUACUAGACCACAGAGUCAUGGAUCUUUUCUUCACUGUGCACAGAAAAAUCAGAGAAGAUUCAGACAUGGCACAGGACUCUCUUCAGUGCCUGGCCCAGCUAGCCUCAAUGCAUGGCCCCAUCUUUCCUGAUGAGAACGCUCAGGUAACCUACCUGGCACACCUGGUGGAGGGACUGCUCAACAUGAUCAAUGGGAUUGAGAUUGAAGACUCUGAGGCCGUAGGCAUCUCCAACAUCAUUAGUAACUUAAUCAGCACGUUUCCCCGAAGCGCUCUAACAGCGCUCCCAAAUGAACUCUUCGCUUCUUUCGUUAACUGCCUCACACUGCUCACGUGUUCAUUUGGUCGCAGCGCUGCCCUGGAGGAAGUGUUGGACAAGGAUGACAUGGUGUACAUGGAGGCGUAUGAUAAGCUGCUGGAGUCUUGGCUCACGCUGGUCCAGGAGGACGAGCAUUUUCCCCGUGGCUGUUUCGUCCAGCCAGCCAUGCAAGUCUUCAACUCCUACAUCCAGUGUCACCUUGCUGCACCCGAUGGCACCAGAAACCUGACUGCAAAUGGUGUCGCUUCUCAUGAAGAAGAAGAAAUUAAUGAGUUACAGGAGGAUGACAGAGAACUGUUCUCAGAUCAGCUUGCCAGUAUUGGCAUGUUGGGGCGUAUAGCUGCAGACCACUGUAUACCUCUGCUCACAGGUUUGUUGGAGGACCGAGUUACACGGCUUCACGGUCAACUCCAGAGACACCAACAGCACCUAAUGGCUACUUCGGACCCAGGCACAGUGGACAGGAAAGUUUUGGAUGACCUUUACGAAGACAUUCAUUGGCUCAUAUUAGUGUCAGGCUACCUCUUGGCUGAUGACCCUCAGGGCGAAACACCAUUAAUACCUUCAGAAGUGAUGGAAUACUCAAUCAAACACUCUACAGAGGUGGAUAUCAACACUACACUACAGCUUCUUGGCUCUCCCGGAGAGAAGGCCACCUCAAUCCCAGGAUGCAAUAGGACAGACUCAGUUAUUAGGUUGUUAUCAGCGGUACUCAGAACAUCAGAGGUGGAAUCUCGGGCCACACGAGCGAGUCUAACUGAACUGCUCAGUCCUCAGAUGGGCAAAGACAUUGUCUGGUUUCUUCGGCGUUGGGCCAAGACAUAUCUCCUGGUGGAUGAGAAACUCUACAGCCAUAUCAGCGUGCCUCUCAUCACAGCCUUUGGAGCAGACACAGAAGGAGCGCAGUGGAUUGUGGGAUAUCUUUUGGAGAAGGUGAUCAAUAAUCUGUCUGUGUGGAGCUCGGAGCCAGAGCUGGCCAACGACACGGUGGAGCUGCUGGUGACUCUGGUGGAGAAGAGAGAGAGGGCAAACAUUGUCGUGCAGUGUGAAAACUGGUGGAACUUGGCCAAGCAGUUUGCGAGUCGCAGUCCUCCGCUGCAUAUGUUGUCCAGCACGGUCCAGCGGACGCUUAUGAAGGCGCUGGUCCUGGGGGGCUUUGCCCACAUGGAUUCUGAUACCAAACAGCAAUACUGGGCUGAGGUUCUACAUCCGCUCCAGCAGCGGUUCCUCAACCUCAUUAACCAGGACAACUUCGCCCAGAUCUGUCAGGAGGAGGCGGUGAAACAGGAGAUCGUGGCUACUCUGGAAGCUUUGUGCGGCAUUGCCGAAGCGACGCAGAUUGACAACGUGGCAUCUCUCUUCAGCUUUCUAAUGGAUUUCCUGUCCAGCUGUAUCGGGCUCAUGGAGGUUUACAGAAACUCGCCAGAAACUGUCAAUCUCAUCAUAGAGGUGUUCGUAGAAGUGGCCCACAAACAAAUCUGCUACUUGGGAGAGACUAAGUCUAUGAAACUGUACGAGGUGUGCUUGACACUACUGCAGGUUUACUCUAAAAACAAUCUGGGUCGCAAGAGACUAGACGUGGCUGCCGAGGAGGACCAGUAUCAAGAUCUUCUGCUCAUCAUGGAGCUUCUGACCAAUCUGCUCUCCAAAGAGUUCAUUGACUUCAGCGACACCGAUGAAGUUUUCCGCGGGCAGGAGCAGAGUUCUGGUGCCGGACGAGCCGUAUCGGCUGCUGAUGUUGUGCUUUAUGGAGUGAAUAUUGUACUGCCCCUCAUGUCUCAGGACUUGCUCAAGUUUCCCUCUCUGUGUAACCAGUAUUAUAAGCUCAUCACAUUCAUCUGUGAGAUCUUCCCAGAGAAGAUCCCUCAGCUUCCAGAGGAGCUCUUCAAGAGUCUUAUGUGCUCUCUGGAGCUAGGCAUGACCUCGAUGAGUUCAGAGAUCAGUCAGCUGUGUCUUGAGGCUUUGUCCCCAUUGGCUGAGCAGUGUGCCAAGACACAAGAAAAGGACACACCCUUAUUUAUUGCCACAAGACAUUUCCUUAAGCUUGUGUUUGACAUGCUCGUGUUGCAGAAGCACAACACUGAGAUGACAGUGGCUGCAGGGGAAGCUCUCUAUACACUAGUGUGCCUGCACCAGGCGGAGUACUCUGAGCUGGUGGAAAAUCUCCUCUCCAGUCAGAGGGACGCUGUGAUUUACCAACGGCUGGCAGACGCAUUUAACAGCCUCACUGCCAGCAGCACACCUCCAACUAUGGACCGCAAACAGAAAGUGGCCUUUCUUAAGAGUCUGGAGGAGUUUGUUGCCAAUGUGGGGGGGCUUCUUUGUGUCAAAUGAACCACUUCUUCGAGCAACAUCUUGCCCCUCUUCCACAUGACAAACUAUGUAGAUGUUCAGAGUGGCACGGUUGGACUUGAGCACUGAUAUGCCUUUCUACUCUGCCCUAUGUCUUCAGAAACACACGUCUGGGAGAGCAAAGGGAAGCUGAGGAGAAGAGUGGCAAAGGCAGAGAGGGGACGACCCGCCGGGUCCUCAGAUAGACAUAUAUGAUGUGGACCAUUUUGGCCCCUUCAUCCCCUCUUAACACACACACACACACACACACACUCUUGCAGACAUUUCUCCUUGAGUGCCUUCUUAUUUGGUUUCUCGUGUCUCAGAUCCAGCUGUCUUUUCGGGUGACGAUUAGAGCAGUGUCUUACUGUGCUCACGGUACCAAGAAUUGUGAGCUGUGGUUACCAUGACAACGAAGAUGCCUUUCCCAGUGAGACUAAUCGCAGGAAGGCCAUUUCGGAAAGGAAACCAAAUCACUUUGUGUUUAAGGGUGUAUAUAUAUAUUUUCAAAAGAUGAAAGCGUGUAAGAGCAAAACAGACUGAGAUGUUUUUAUAAGAUUAUAGUUGACAGAAAUUUCUGUUUUUUUUUAUUGUGACUUCACCUGAAGGAAAGGGGGCUAGUUUGGAUAAUUUUUCUGUUUGAUGGAUUGUAGUUUUACUCUGUCGUUUUGCCCUGAUCACAGCCAUACUGAGAGCUUCAAGUGUUUCAACAAAGGUUGAUCUUCGGGACGAUUUUUAUGGGACGUUUUCAGAAACGGUCAUGGUCGCCUGUUGUUUUUCCUUCAGUAACUUCAAUAAUGUUCCACAUACGCUAGCACAUACAAAUACUCAGAAUUGUGGAACAGUCAACAUUGCUGUAGCAAUAAAAUACCAAAAAUGAUUAUUGAGGGAUGUCACCUGUUUCAUUCAGGUUGUCUGAAUGCCUCCCUGACUUUAUUUGUAUUGUUCAAAGCACUAAUUCUGUUAUUUUGGAAUGCCUGAAAUGACCUGUAAAAGUGUACAUAAACUUGCUAUAAAAA